CAACAAUUCUACUAGCUUCAUCUACAUUUCGCCCCAGAAAUUAUAGUAAAGCAGAGACAAUGAGAGGAUUAUCGGUGUUGAGUUGGAUUCUGAUCAUCUGCGUCUGCCAAGUAGCAGUGCGGAGCCAAUACUACUCGGACACCCUACCAUAUCAACCCAGGCCAGUUGUGGUCACCAAUCUUCACUUCUAUAUGCACGAAUUACCGGGCACUACAGCAGUCGUGCUAACCCAAGCUAACAUCACAAGCAAUAAUUCAUCAGUGCCAUUUGCUACCCUACUUGCCGUUAAUUGUCCCCUCAGGACUGGUCCUGAGCCUGACUCAGAGCUGAUUGGAAAUGUUCAGGGUAUUGCCCUCCUACCCGGAUCAAAUGCAUCGAACACGCAGUACAUAGAAUUUGGAUUCAAUACCGGUAAGUUUAACGGCAGCUCUCUUAGCGUAUUUUCAAGGGGAGACCCUGGGCUUGCGGUGGUCGGAGGAAGAGGACAAUUCGCGAUGGCAACAGGGACUGCACUAUUUAACACUAUCCUUAUAAAUGCCACCAAUGUCAUUAUUGAAUAUAACUUUACUGUAGUUCAUUACUAACAUGUUAUUUACAGAUACAAUCAUCUUGGAUUGUGAAAA